GCAGGAAGACGUUGAGAUCUUUUCUCUUGGAGCAGACGAAUCGGAUCAAGAAGUGUCUUUGUUACCUGACUAUCUCCUUCAUCCUCCAUUUUGUUCCUGUCUUGAAGCUCUCUCUUUGCCGUUCUUUGCCUUUGCAGUGUAGUUUAUAAUUAAAUUUCAAAAUGUCUGACGCAGCUGAAGACAAGCCUCAAGAAACACCAACCACUACCGAAGAACCCAAGACAGAGGAGGCCCCAAAGACUGAAGAGGCCCCUAAGACAGAAGAAGCCCCAAAGACCGAAGAGGCCCCUAAGACUGAGGAGGCCCCAAAGACGGAAGAGACUCCAAAAGAGGAAGAACCAAAAACCGAAGAACCCAAAACUGAUGAGGCAACUGGUGGAGCUGAAGCUCCUAAAGAGGAAGAGGCUAAGGCUAAGCCAGAAGCAAAGCCAGCUAAACCUCCUGUUGAUCGUAAAGUUGUGUUUGAGUCACCUAUCAUCAGAAGAUCUACUCUAAUAGGACCGCUAUUCAAGAAAUUCAAGCCAGAGUUCCUAGCACUUGAGGAAGAGGGAGCAGUCUUGAGAUCAUUCAAGGACGACAAGAAGAAGAGCACUAACCUCAACUACUUCCUCAAGUCUUGUACCAGUGUAGUAGAAAGGUCUUCUGACCACAACAACGCUGGAUGGCCAGCAGACAUAGCUGCUGAGAGAUGCUUUGUACUUAACAAUCAUAAGAACCAAUUUGUAUAUCUUGUUGCAGAAACACCAGAACUAGCCAAGGAAUGGAUCGAGAAAUUAGUAGCAGCAAGAGAAAAGUUUUACGAGGAGCCGCCAAAGAAACCCGAACCAGUGAAGAAGGAGGAGCCAAAGAAAGAGGAAGCAGCAGCUGCUACUGAUGAAGCCAAACCCACAGAAACUACUGAUGCACCAAAGGAAGGAGCCACUGCUGUUACAACCGAAGCAGAAGUAACAACCGAGGAACCAAAAACUGAAGAACCAAAAGCCGAAGAACCAAAGGCCGAAGAACCCAAAGCUGAAGAACCCAAAGCCGAAGAGCCAAAAGCCGAGGAACCAAAAGCUGAAGAGCCAAAAGCAGAGGAGCCUAAAGCUGAAGAGCCGAAACCCGAAGAGCCAAAAGCUGAAGAACCAAAGGCUGAAGAGCCCAAAGCCGAGGAACCAGCACCUGAAGAACCAAAAGCUGAGGAAACCCCAGCAGCAACUGAAGAACCAAAGACAGAGGAAGCAGAGGCUCCAGCAACCGAAGAAACUAAGACCGAAGAAGAGACACCAAAAGAGGAAGAAGCUCCUGCUGAAGGAGGUGACAACUAAGAUGUCCUCCUAUUUAUGUCUCCUCUCUCUCUCUCAAUGUCUCAAUUCUUUUAUCUGCUGAUCCUACUCCUCCUCAAACACUUAGAGAUUUAUUAUUAAUUAUUAUAAAGUGAAAUUUCCUUCCAUCUUUUUUCUCUCUCCUUCUUUAUUCUUUUCUUCCUCCUUAUUGAUAAACUGUGAAAUUGUGUACUAACUUCACAUACACACACACACACACACACUUUAAAUAAAUGUUUCUUAUUGUACUUAGAUUUUAGGAUAUUAUAUAUCAAAUAA